GCGAGCGCUCUCCCAUUUGAGCUAGACCCCCUUCGGCUCCUGAUUGGCUCACUUUACUGAGCUAAUCAACUUCCUUCUGAACUUCUUCAUUAUGGCCCGUAUCCAUGGCUGGGCAAUGCUGCUUUGCUUUGCUUUGCUUUGCUUUGCUUUGGCAACCUGUGUUUUUUUGCCCGCCCUGUUGCUCCCGCCCCCAGCUGUACUUGUUUAUCCAAUACGUGUGUGCGAUGCCACGCGCACAAACCAACUCAUCACUCUCAUAUCGCGCCGGCUCCCCUGCUUUCUGUCCCGACAACCAUCCAGCCAACUAAGUGACCAACCCAAUGCGAGCGCAGCUGUGAGAUAAUGGUUAUUGCUGCUAUUUGUCCUGCAUGCCAGUUGCUCACUUGCACAUUCCGAACACGGAUAGCGUUGGACACCAUGCAUGCCCAAAAUAAUAAAAGAAGAUGCGAGGCUAAGCAAGGCAAGG